AUGGCUCAAUCGAACGUACCACUUCGUGUGAUUGUUCAACCAAAAGCAUUACAUCGUGAAAGAUAUUCCUGUGAAACAGAUCGAAGUCGUAAUCGAUCACAACGUUUUAUUCGUGCUGAAACUAAUGCAUUAAAAUGGGACUAUCCAACAAUCGAAAUACCACAACAAUGGGAUAGUCAACAGUUAUAUAUCCGUGUUACUUUAGUAAGUGUAUGCAGUGAACAAGUUCCUGUGAGAUAUAUACAUCCUUAUCCAAUCGAUACUGUAGAAUCUAAUGUUAUUAAAGACCCAAAAAGAAAUACACUUUAUUUUCCAAUAUCAGAACAAGAAUUACAUAAUGGUCGUAAGAGUUUUCGAAUUGCUCGUAAAAAACUAACCCAAUAUGAGUUAAGAAAUUAUGGACAAUUAUGUCUUUUGAAUACAGAUGAAAAAGAUAUUACACUUGUAAAUAAUCCACAUGAUGCUCGAAAAAUAGUUGAUACUUAUCAGUUAACAAAAUCACAAUUACUUUUUUCUGUAGCUGAACUAUCUAAUGAUGAUGUAUUUCCUGGUACAUACGAUGAAACAUCUGUAUAUUCUCAUAUCAUGACUGCCAUUAAAACAACACCCAUAAAAAAUGACGAAUCAAAUGUUAGAUGUGCACCGAAGAAAGGUUGUUGGGAAGGUGGUGAUGAUGUUUUGAUGGUUGUUCCAAAACUUGAUAAGAGAAAAGCAUGUCAGGUAUAUUUUGAAUAUUUGUCAUCGAAUACAAAAAGUCUCAUUCCUUUCGAAUUUGUGGAUAUGAAAACAAUUGCAUUCACAACUCCACCAUGUUGUUUACAAGCAACUGGAAAUGAAAGUAUAGAAAUUCCUCUAGUUGUGAGUCAAAAUAGUGAAGAAAUUGCACGUAUUAACUUUCUUUAUCAAUCAUGUAAAUGA